AUGGACAAUUAUUUGUCUUCCCGGGGUCAUCUGUUCCCAGCCUGCGGCGAGAACCUACGGUCCCCGCGGGUCGUGGGCGGGGAGCCGGCCGCAGAGGGGGUUUGGCCAUGGCAGGUCAGUGUCCAGCACCAAAAGCAGCACAGAUGCGGCGGCAGCAUCCUUGGCCCCCUGUGGAUCCUGACAGCUGCCCACUGCUUCAAGACCAACCCCGUCGUGACCCAGUGGCAGGUCACAUCCGGCUCCAAUGUGCUGUCUGACUUCCCCGCCCUGGCGGUGGCCAAGAUCUUCAUCAUGGACCUGGACAACACAUCCCCCAAGGAUGGGGACAUCGCUCUGGUCAAGCUGGAAACACCCCUCGUUCUGUCAGAUACGGUCAGACCCAUCUGCCUGCCCUUCUUUGAUGAAGAGCUGGCAGAAGCCACCCAGCUGUGGGUCACAGGUUGGGGGUACACGGAGCAGGGUGGAGGGAAGAUGUCCAGCAACCUGCAGCAGGCCCUGAUCGAAGUCAUCGACAACGAGCGCUGCAACGCGGCAGACGCCUAUCAGGGGGACGUUACGGAAAAGAUGAUCUGCGCUGGCAUCAUCGGGGGUGGAGUGGACACUUGCCAGGGUGACAGCGGCGGACCCCUCAUGUACGAAGCGGGGAGCUGGCAGGUGGUGGGCAUUGUCAGCUGGGGACAUGGCUGCGGGGGGCCUAGCACUCCCGGGGUCUACACCAAAGUCCGGUCCUACCUCAACUGGAUCGCCACCGUCAGAAAGGUAGGUCUCUCAGCGCGGAUCCCCCCGCUCCUGACCCCCUGGCAUUCCUAA